UUACAACUACUUAAGAUUCUUUUGACUUUUUCAAUUCGUAUGAUGAGAUCUCUUCAAAACAAUAAUGAUGUAGUGAUUCAGAUAUUUCCACAAUAUUGUGUUCACCUCAGAUUAAAAUUUCAAUGCUUUUCUUUAUCUUAUUAAUUUACACUUUUAGUUUUGUAGCAUGUUGCACUUGUUAGGCAACAGGAUACUCCUCUAUUUAGACUGUAAUAAGUAGAUUAAAGCAACUUUACAUCGUACAUUUUUGUUUAGUUUUCUCCGUGUGGUACAGAUUUUAGGCUUAUUUCACAUAACAGAGGCCCAGUUCCACAUCACUGAAAUAAUUUUGGGUCGGGCUUGGGGAUGUAAAUCUAAACUCUAAUUAGUUAUAUGACUGACCACGCAAAAACAAACAAACGAAAAGGAUUCCUGAAAAACUAAAAAUCAGAAGUGAACAUCAGGACCUGCUGUGUGAACGCAACCAUAGUUCGCUUGUGCCUCUGGCCGGCUUAGCUUUUCAAAGAAAUGCGAAUCCAAAUGCGGCCUUUGAAAUGCUAAUAAUUAACCACAACGUUUCAAUAUUUCAAAUAAAUAAAUAAAAAUAUCGACAACUGUGGUAAUUCGUUUUAUUUUCAGCCCGCUUCACGCCCACAGUGGACAUUUUCCGCCGUACCUUUACGUGCCUGUUUCUGUCACAGUAUUGCUCGCUGGAACAUCCUUUCAUCACAUCCUGGGUUUGCCUUUCGACAGAUCAAUGUCAGUGCGUGGUGCGAGGGGAGGGGUUGGAAAUGACAGAGAUGUUCUCUCUCUGCUCUGCUGCUCUCCAAGCAUCCCGUUCACACUGCGCGCAGCGGCGGCGGCUUAUCGCGAUGUCUAACUGGCGACGCUUUCUCCAUCUCAUGUGAAACACCAGGCUGCUCUCUGGUCGGUUCUGUCUCGGUGGGCUCGGUAGUUUCAUCAGUAGAAUGCGUCCCCCUCCUGUCGGUUCCGUGCGGGUCUCUCUGUGUCUCUGCCUCACAGUUUUUCUGCACCGAGUCUCUGCCGCUGGCUCUGGAGACGCCGUUUGUGAGGGAGAAAACAAUCAGAACAGAUUCAAAGGCGUCCUCGAACAUAUCCAGAGUUAUGAGGUUACCUCUCCUGUGUGGCUGCAUCCUCGUAGACACAUCAGAUCUGCCAACAAAGAGCAUCCGGCAGAGGUCCAGGUUCUGAUCUCAGCCGAGGGCCAGCAGCUCAAGAUACACCUGGAAAAAAACGAACAGCUGCUGGCCCCUGGGUAUCAGGAAAUCUGGUACAGCCCCGAUGGAGCUCGCCGCUCCGCUUCUCCUGCCAGCACCGAAAACUGUUUCUACCAUGGUGAGGUUCUGGGCAUUGAAGGUUCCAGUGUUGCUGUCAGCACUUGUACAGGAAUCAGGGGACUGAUUUCUCUGAACGAAAGCGUGAGCUACCUAGUAGAGCCUCUUCCUGAUUCCACCGACGCCCAGCAGCAUGCUGUGUUCAGAGCGGAGAGUCUCCGUCUGCCCGAGGGGAGCUGCACACAUCACUAUGGCGACGAGGCGCAUCGGGGCGGGCUUAAUGACUUCAUCCGAGGAACGGUGUCACCACGGAUUGGGAGGGAGAAAAGGGAGUUGAUGCAGAACAUGAAAUAUGUGGAGCUUCUGUUGGUUGCAGACAGAGCUGAGUUCGAGAGACAUGAUAGGAGUUUGGACAAGACAAAACAGAAGCUGCUGGGAGCAGCCAACUUGGUUGACAAGUACUACAAGGCUUUGAACAUCCGUGUGGCUUUAAUCGGACUGGAGGUGUGGACCGACCAGGACAAGAUCGGCGUGUCCGACAACCCGCACAGCACCUUGGCGGCGUUCCUGUCAUGGAGACGGAAGGAGCUGAAAAACCUCGCCAACGACAACGCUCAGCUCGUCACGGGGGUGUCAUUCCAGGGCAGCACUAUUGGCUUGGCACCACUUAAAACCAUGUGCUCUGAAUACCAGUCGGGCGGCGUGAACACGGAUCACUCGCCACAGUUCGUCGGGGUCGCCGCCACCAUUGCACAUGAGAUGGGCCACAACUUUGGCAUGAAUCACGACAGAGAUGGCUGCUGCCAGGCCAAGGCAGAAGACGGUGGCUGCAUAAUGGCCGCUGCCACCGGGUCUCCGUUUCCCCGUGUGUUCAAUCCCUGCAACCUGAAGGAACUCAAGAGUUACCUGAACUCUGGAGGAGGCAAAUGUCUCUUUAACCUGCCGAACAUCAACUCGCUGUAUGGAGGGCGGCGCUGCGGCAACGGUUACCUGGAGAGCGGAGAGGAAUGCGACUGUGGGGAGGAAGAGGAAUGCACCAGUCCAUGUUGUAACGCCAACAACUGCACCCUUAAAGCCGGAGCCGAGUGUGCCCAUGGAGUCUGCUGCCAUAACUGUAAGAUAAAGAGCCCGGGAGAGCUUUGCCGUGGCACCUCUGGGCUGUGCGAUCUCCCGGAGUACUGCGACGGAAAGUCGGAGUCGUGUCCAGCUAAUUUCUACUUAGCGGACGGUACGUCUUGCGCACACGGGCGGGCCUACUGCUACACGGGCAUGUGUCUAACCCUGGAGCAACAGUGUCAGUUUCUCUGGGGGCGAGAUGCGCGCCCAUCCCCUGACGUGUGUUUUAAAGAAGUGAACAAAGCGGGGGACAUGUACGGCAACUGCGGCAAAGACCAAGAAGGAAAAUACAGGAGCUGCAGAGACAGGGAUGCAAAAUGCGGCAAAAUCCAGUGCUCUGCUUCCGCCGCCAAGCCCAUUGAGAACAACGCAGUCCGCAUAGAAACGACGGUGAAAGUGGACAGCAAGAGGACUGAGUACAAGUGCCUGGGGACGCACGUGUACAAGCUCGGCCAGGGGGACGAGGAGCCGCAGGGCGACACUCUGGACCCGGGCCUGGUCAUGACGGGAACCAAGUGUGCUGAUGACUCUAUCUGCUUUAACGGAGAGUGCCGCAAUGCAUCGUUCCUGAGAGCGGAUGAGUGCAAUGCCAAGUGCCACGGACACGGACUGUGCAACAACAACCAUAACUGCCACUGCGACCCGGGCUGGGCUCCUCCUUGGUGCAACCAGAGUGGGUCUGGGGGCAGUUUGGACAGCGGACCUCCCAGGAAUCCAGGCAUUCUGCUGCCACUGGUGCUUAUUCUGGUUCUCCUCGUGGUAUUGGCUACUUUCGGACUUUGGUUUUGCUACAAACGUAGACUCGGCCCACUGAAGGCCUUUCCUCCAUUGCCAGUGCCAAAAUGUCCAGAAGCAGCUGAAGGUAAACCCAUGGAGACUGAUUCUCACGUCAUUGGCCAUGCCAACCCAACUUUCCUAGCGAAGCAGGAUUUGUCUACACCUCAUCCGAGCCCGUCGUGCCCAGGUAGACCCAGACAGGCGAUCGUGCGGCCGGCGGUGAAGCCCCCACCCAUCCCUGCCUACGCUGCCGAGCACAAAGACAUCAGAAAGAAGCCGGCGGCCCCCUUCCCACCUGCAGCUCGUCAUCCUCAGAAGCAAACAUCUCCUCAGGGACACACCCAGCCUCUCUUUAAGGCAGCUCAGGACACUGGACAGAGACCCAGCCAGAUGUCCCCAACAUUUCCAGGGCCUCCAUCUUUACCUUCUCAAAACCCUAAAAUACAGGUGCGACCGGACCCCCCAAAGAGACCUCCGCCACCCUGUCCAAUCAACAAGCAGAGUGCGGAUCAGCAUAUUGUUCAUGUGAAAAGACUCCAGCCUGCAAAUAUGGUGCUGCGACGAAAUGACGCUUUGGCUCCAUCUGCUGGUCAGAAAAUGCCAAACAGAGUUUAAACUGGAAGCUCAGGAAGGAACUGGGACCACCUCUUGUAUCCAGAACUGGACUGCCUUGUACUGUUUUUAUUCCAAUCUUCAGUACUGUGGAUUAUGCGAAAUACUUGAUUGUUUAUUUACUUAACGUGCACUGAGGUACCACAGAAUAGAUGUUUCGAGUCGAAGAUCUAAAGCCUCACUAGCAGUUUGCAAAUGAACGUGUCUGCUUCAUCCACGUGAAACCGCCAGAGCUGUGAAAUUUAUUCUGUUUUUUAUUAUUAUUAUUAUUAUUUUUUUUUUUUAUUUUUAUUUUUUCCUUGAGUGUGCUUGUUGUGAAUGGAAAGUGUUUCAAGUAUUUAUUCAAGAAGAGGAAAAUAAUGUUUACAGUUCAGCCUGUGUACCGAACACGAUACUCCUAAGAUCAUCAGCCCAGAUUGUCUUAUAUUUAGAAAACAUAUGACCUUCUUACAUAUGAAUGAUGUUGGGUAAUAAAUGGCUUUUGGGUAGUGUCGGGAUAACCGCAAAAAUCUCACAAGCAUGCUGUAAGUAGGAUAAAUGAUCAAUGUUAAGAAAUGUAAAGGAUGUUUAGGUUUUAGGUCUUUUUUUAAUUUUCUUUUCUUCUGUUGUUGUCGUUGUUGUCAUGUUGCAGGUGUACAUCAAAGAGUCGUAGGCCAGUCCACAAUAAUCAAAAUAAUUAUAUCAUCUACGAAACCUUUUCAAAGUUGAAUAAUAAAGUGUCACUUUAAGGUACCCGUUUCAUCCCAAAUAACUUAGAAUUUCUCAUUUCGACUCUGACAAUCUGAUUUUUCUUUUUUCUGUUCACUUAUAGUAGUAGUUAAACUGAGCCAUUCAGACAGUCUACCAAAACCACAACAAUGAUUGUAAUGAUCACAUGUCAUCGUGCAAAAAGUUCAAGAAAAACAAAUUUGGGGAAAGUGGAGGCUGGGUCACGUUUUGAAAUGCAAUGUUUUUCGUCCAACUAUUUUCUCGAAAUUGUGAUAAUAUUCUUAUUCAAUUGAAAUAACUCUGUCAAAUGGCAUGACUUACCUUGUCACCUGACCUAUGCAAAUGGAUGCUGCCAAUGCAUCUGAAACUGGACGUCAAAUAAAAAAACAAAUG